AAUCUAAAGUUAGUUAAGCUUGAAUGGGCAUGUUCUAAACAUAUCUUUCUAAAAAUAAACACAUUUAUUUCAGAAUAUUCAGGCAAGUUAUCUGGCGGGCGGGUGGGGCGUGUUUUCAUUUGGCUGUAACAUAAUACCAGUAAUAGGGACAGAGCCUUGAUUUCAGGCGUAUUCGGCAACUCACUGGGACGACUCUAUCAAAAAGGAUGGGCGGCGCAGGAGAAAUGAAUGAAGGCGAAUGACUUUGCAAAAACUAGUUAAAAUAUCCGCAGCAAUACAGAGAAGGUGCGCAGGCUACAUAGCGUCCUUAACUAUUUUGCAUGGAGAUGCAUUCGCCAUUAACAAGAGCAUCAUGAAGAAGGUGACAUACGGCGUUUAUCUUUAUGUCGAGUCUACAUUCCUACAUUGUCCAAGAUGACACAAUGACAAGGCGUUCACAGCAAUGGUUGCGAGAUUUGUAGUCGCAUAAGCUCAUUUCAAAGAAUCACAUCAUCGCCGACCGCGUAUUUUUACGGCAGGGCGCGGGUGAAAAAUACAGUAGGCCUAGGAGUAACAGGCUAAUUGAAGUUGACCAGUUAAGCCCCUCGGAAUACCGUGGCGAUUUGUUAUUUAAUGUAUUGCCCAUUUAACGCAAACGAAAUGAUGAAUUCGAUGGCUUUUGCUGAGGGUUCGCAAUCUCCGGGUGCCGCUGGGGUUCCCGUUGGAGCGCCAGCGUCCGGUACUAGUGCUAGGGUGUCUAGUGCCCUACGGACCGAUUUGGGUUCCAAUAUUCAUGCCUUGAAAACACUUAACCUGCGAUUUAGAUGUUUCCUAGCUAAAGUUCAUGAAUUGGAGCGUAGAAACAAGUUGUUAGAAAAUCAACUACUGCAAGCAUUAGAGCAAUCCCGCUACAGAGCGUACUUCAGCCGAGAACAAACAACCCAAACGGGCUCUUUGGACCUGUCUCUGGCUGGGUACCAGCCACGGGUAAGCCCACCAGGUACGAUAUGGAACUACACCCACACGAGGUUUGGGGACCGACUCGAGACUAGGCUCCACAGCCCCAGGAUGUCAUGGAUGCAGGCAGAUGGUGUUGAUGUUGGAGUUCAAGUCGAUACCGUCACACCUGAACUGCGAGCCCUGUACAAUGUGUUGGCUAAAAUCAAGAGAGAUAGAGACGAGUACAGAAAAAAAUGGGAGGAGGAGCUGUCUAAGCGCCAGCAGAUGGAGGCCAUGGUGGAGACACUACAGGAGAAUGCCCAGGAGUCUGAGGUGGUUCAGGGGGAGCUCACUGACAAGGUGGAGAGUCUCAAGACAGAGCUGGGCGUCUUCAAGAGCCUCAUGACCGAUAAUGAAAUGUCAGAAUUGGACACUGCGAUCCAGGAGAAGGCCAUGAAGGUGGACAUGGAUAUCUGCAGGCGCAUUGACAUCACGGCCAAACUAUGUGAUGUGGCCCAUCAACGCAACUCCGAAGACAUGAGCAAGAUGUUCAACAUGAGUCCCCACAUGAGCCCCUCCAGAGCACCCCCAGAGAGCAAGGGGGCUGGUGCUGCGUCGUGCAGGAAGAAAGAGCGUAAGGCUGUGUGUGAGGAGAGGAGUCCUGAGAUGGAAGCUGAGUCUGCUGGGGGAGAGGAGGAUGAAGAUAAGGAGCACGUCGUAGGGUCACUCAACAUCACAGACGAGAUGAAACGCAUGCUCAACCAGUUGAGGGAGACGUUUGACUUUGAUGACGACUGUGACAGCCUGGCUUGGGAGGAGAAUGGGGAGACACUGCUCCUCUGGGAGGACUUCGCCAACUACAACACCCCCUGUGCUGCAGCCAGCGCUGCUGCAGGUGCCUGUGCUGCAGCAGAAGGACAAGGGGAGGGCCCUGGGCAGGCCUCUCAGGAUGGCAGUCUGGGCAGCCUGAUAGACGAGACCGAGAUGCUUUUCCAGAACCGAGAGAAGGAGUACCAGGAAACCAUGGGGCAAAUAGAGUAUGAGUUGGCUACAGCUAAGAGUGAUAUGAACCGUCACCUACAGGAGUACAUGGAGAUGUGUUCUAUGAAGAGAGGCCUGGAUGUGCAGAUGGAGACCUGCAGACGACUCAUUAAGGGUUCAGGGGGCAACGGCAGGAAAUCUCCAUCAUUUAGCUCAGUGGCGAGCAGCGACUCAGGGAACAGUGAUGAGAUCCAGGAGGAGCUGGAGAAGGACGGAGAGGCAGUAGGAGGGGUCAGCUGAUAACUGAAUCCUGACCCUUGACCCUCCGGCCCCUCCACCACCUGAUCCAGCAGAGAUGAUGGAGGAAAUGCUGUGAUCCUCCUCUCCUUCAGCAGAUUUCCAGUUGAUCUAGGAGGAGUCCUCUGGACAAUGUAAACUAUUGGUGCUUCACCGUUUAUUACCCAUACAGGGAUGAACUUGUAUUCCUCAACAAGGUGCAGUUGUGGUUCUUCCUCACUGCUUCUCACUGUCCUAUCACGGACAAAAGUGCUCACCCCUACUCAACACAAAUAUCUCCACACACACUCAACUUACUGUACACCUAUGGUCAUUUAACUGUGUAUUCACCCCAGUAUUCAUCCUAACCGUGUUAAGAUACAGAAAUCCGGACAUAUUCAGCCAUUAGAGGGUCUAUCAAAGUGGUCCAUAUGAUAUAUUUCAGAGUAAGUGUUGGCAGGGAAAUUGCAUUUCAUGUACUAAAGAAGUCAGUCUUCACACACUGAAGUCAGAUUCGGAUGCACUCUUGAGAUUGCCUUACUGUAGAUGUCAUUGCUUAUACACAUACAAAGAAGGCCCAGAGUGCCUUUGCAGGUACUGUAAAGUCAGUAAAUGUGUCCCAGUUCCCCCAUAUCUGGACACAGCCAUCAGAUGAGGGGUAAAACUGAGUUGAAGUACUGUACUAUGCAAUAAGCAAGCCUUAUUUUUCUGGACUAACCUCCAUUACUUUGCUGACCAGUUAUGAUUUGUCUAUUAAUCUGACAGCCUAGAAGACUUGGGGCCAGAUAUACGAAGCAUUUGCACUAAUGCAAAUUUACACCUAUCAUUUUCAGAAGGCAAUCAAAAGAAAACAGAGACCUAAAUACAAAGCUAAAAGCUAAACCACAACACUGUCUUAAUUUACUUUUCGUUUAUUCUCUCGUUCUUUCUCUUAACGUCUCUACCUUUUUCCUACAUUUUUUUAUUUAUUUUUUUAAAUCUCUCUAAAACAAAAAAGGCGAAACCAUUGUACCAGUGCCAACUGUACAUCUGGCCUCAACAUGGUGUCACUCAGUAUUUUCAGAGGGUAAAUAUGAACAAACAUGGUCAUUUAAAUAAUACCCAUGUGCCUACUGAUACGAGCCUGGUCUCAGAUCUGUUUGUGCUCUUUAGCCAACUCCAAUGGUUGGUUUGGCAUGAUAAUAACCAUAGGAGUUGGCAGAACAGCUUAAACAGAUCUGGGACCAGGCUACUGAUAUGUACGCUGGACUCAAUUAAUAUGAAUUGCCUUAUUACGUUUGUUCUAUUUUUGUUCAAUUCUACUUUAGCAUGAACAUUUAUCAUUUAUGAUACACACAGCCUGUUAUGGAUGUUUGUUUAGAUUUCAUCGUUUUGUAUGCUCUCCAAAAAAAUGUAAAAGAGCAAUUUUGAAUCAUAAAAAAGGAUAAUCACAUUUCAAUUGUUCAUGAUUUUUGACAUUCGUAAUUUAAUAUAUCUGUUAGUUUCUUUGGGAACAGUCAUGGCUGGCAGGGAUUUGCUGGCUGCAAGUUUCAUAUUUGUAUUUUAUGUGCAGAAUGCAGCUGAAUUCUGAACCAUAUAUUGCAAACAAUUUAUUCAA